AUGGGUUUUGGUUCAAUUUUGCAGAUGGGAGGUGGAGAAUUUCCUGCAUGGCUAGAGGUUUUGUUGAAGGAGAAGUUUUUCAACGCUUGUUUGGAGCAUGAAGAAAAAAAGAAGAACGAAAAGAAUAUUUUGUGUUUAGACUGUUGUCUUAGCAUAUGUCCUCACUGUCUCCCUUCUCAUACUUCUCAUAGUCUUCUUCGGAUAAGAAGAUACAUUUAUAACGACGUUUUAAGGGUAGAUGACGCUUCAAAGCUGAUGGAUUGUUCUUCAAUUCAGCCAUACAAAACGAACAGUUCGAAAGUUGUGUUCAUAAAUGAAAGGCCUCACUCUCGGCAAUUUCGUGGUUCCGGCAAUGUUUGUAACACCUGUAACCGCUGUCUCCAGUCUCCUUACAUCUUCUUCUCUCUCUCUUGCAAGAUAAGUGACGUCAUAAUGAGACAAGGAGGACUCUCAGGGUUUCUCCGCGUAUGUAACUCUCUUAACUUAACCGAAGAUGUAACCACAUCCACACUCGAACCCUCAGGGUCAGACGGUGUCGACGGAGGAGUAGACAUGUUCUUGUGUCAGGAGCUUGCUUGCACCGAUGCCACUGAAAUCGUUCGGAAGAAGAGAAGCAGCUUGACAACGACGACUUUGACUAACACUGAAGCUGUUACGGCGAACUAUUUAAACCGAAGGAAGAAGAAUACACCACCGCGACGAGCUCCGCUCUAUUAG